UCUCUCUCUCUCUCUCUCUCUCUCUCUCUCUCUCCAGGCUGCGCCUCAUUGGUGUGUCCUGAUUCCCUUUUUCCAUUAGGCUCCAGGCCCAUUGGUUGCCUGCCUUCCAACCAUUAUCUCUACUCUACCACCCCUCUGUCAUCCUUUCUCCCUUCGCUCUCCCUCCUUCCCUCAUUCCCAGUCAUCUCUCAAGUCGUAAAAAUGAUUUGCAUGCAGGAGGAGAGCAGAACUUUGCAGUGAGCACAGUAAGUGAAUUGGGAGAGAGUAAGGGAGAGAAGUGAAAGAAAGACCGAAAAAGAGGAGAGGAGACGCAUUCUGGGAGGAAAAGUUUAAAGAGAAGACUGCAGUUGAAAAUGAGUUUGGAGGAGACGCGGUGAGCUGUUCUUCUCCAGCUGAACAUCAGUACGUCACGGUGGAAGCAGAGGUCUGGACCAAAGAGCUGUCUCGACCCCAAACCACUUCAGAUGGAGGUGGAUGCAGACGAUAAGCGCCAUCGCACACGCUCUAAAGUGCCUGUGGAUCCAGCAUUAACAGAGCUUUUCAGUGUGUACGGCUGCCCUCUGGCCAAGAAGAGAAAGAGCCUAGACAGACAAACCGUGGAAACCUCCCCUAAGAGGAGCACCUACCUGGAUGACAUGGACAACUCCACCAUGGAGGAGUGCUAUGAGACAGACGGAACCGAGGAAAUGGAUGACAGGGAGGAAGAGGAAGAGGAAGGAGCGGUAGAGGAGGAGGAGGAAGAGGGAGAAGUGGAGGAGGAGGAAGAGGAGAUGGAAGGCUACAUGGACUACAACAUAGAGCAAAUGGAGCAUGAAGAAGGAGAGGUGGAGAGAGGGGCAGCGGAUGGUGAAGAAGAUGAAGAAGAAGAGGAGGUAGAGGUUGAGCAAGAAGAAGAGGAAGAGGGUGAAGAGGAGAGGGUGGAGGAGGCAGAUGAAGAGGAGGAAACGAUAGAAGAGGUGGACUAUGAAGAAGGAGAGGAGGAGGAAGGAGAGCAAAGUCAAGGGCAAGAGGACGAUCAGAUGAGCAGUGGUGAGGGGGCCGAAGGCGAUGGCGGAGGUGGCAGUGGCAAUGUCAAAUCCGGCCCGUUGACAGAGAAGGAUGACAACAACAAUGACGAGUACGAGAACUACGAUGAACUUGUGGCUAAGUCCCUCCUCAACCUGGGUAAGAUCGCAGAAGACGCUGCCAACCGAGCCAUGACUGAAUCUGAGAUGAACAGCAACUCCUCCAACGCUGAGGAAGAAGAAGAGGAGGAGGAAGAGGAAGAGGAGGAGGACGAAGAGGAGGAAGAUGAUGAGGAGGAAGAGGAGGAGGAAGAAGAAGAAGAGGAAGAAGAAGAGGAGGAAGAAGAAGAGGCGGAAGGGGAUGAAGCACAGAGGGGUGAUCUGAGCUUGGAUGUUGAUAGUGAUGUGGUUCGAGAGACGGUGGACUCCCUUAAACUGCUGGCACAAGGUCACGGUGCAGUACUGGCUGACAACUUAGAUGGACAGGAGUUUGAGAAUGUUUCAGCCGAGAAUGGGAAUGAGAAUGACUGCUCUCACAGUGGGGCAAAUGCACACAGUGGUGGUAAUGGACAAGUUAAGACCACCACUAACGGACAAAUAGAAAACAGCGACGAGGAAGUGUGUUUAAGCAGUCUGGAGUGCCUACGGAACCAAUGCUUUGACCUUGCUCGGAAAUUAAGCGAAACAAAGUCCGCUGACCGAAAUGGAUCAUCCCAGCAAAAUCAUUUUUCAUGCGGGGAUGCCAGUCAGCAACCCCAGCAUCACAGCUAUGGGGAGUUCCAUCACAGCCAAGACGACAGGCGGAUACUUGACAGGAACUAUUCUGACAUGGACAAUCUCAUGAAGCUUGAGGAACAGUUGAGCCCACGCUCCAAGGCCUUCUCCAGUUGCGCACAGGACGACCGAUAUCACUCCAACCAUCGGGAUUUUGACGAAGACACAGCCUCUGUAACGUCGGACCGAUCAGAAGAAGUGUUUGACAUGACAAAGGGUAAUCUGUCCCUCUUGGAGAAGGCCAUUGCGCUGGAGUCAGAACGUGCCAAGGCAAUGCGUGAUAAGAUGGCAGCUGAGGCUGCCAGGGGAGACGGGGUGAGGUAUAGCCAUGAAGAUCAUGGCCCACGGCAUGGCUACGGUGUUGAUCGUAAAGCCCGGCUUCCUGAUGGUAUGAAGAAACCUUUCUACCAUAAAGAUGCUUCACGUGCAGACAAGAAAGAGAGUCGGUGUCCGACACCAGGCUGUGACGGCACGGGUCAUGUGACGGGCCUGUACCCCCACCAUCGGAGCCUGUCUGGCUGUCCACACAAAGACAGGGUGCCACCGGAAAUUGUGGCUAUGUAUGAGAAUGUUCUUAAGUGUCCUACGCCUGGCUGCACGGGACGCGGCCAUGUCAAUAGCAACAGAAACUCCCACAGAAGUCUGUCAGGAUGUCCUAUCGCUGCGGCUGAGAAGCUGGCCAAAGCCCAGGAGAAGCACCAAAGCUGCGACGGCUCGAAGUCCAACCAGGCCUCUGACCGAGUCUUAAGCACGCCCCGCUCCAACCUGGCCAAGGAGCUGGAGAAGUACUCCAAGACCAGCUUUGACUACAGCGCCUUUGAUGGCAGUAACAACCACCAAGUAUACGGGAAACGGGCCAUCGCACCCAAAAUUCACGGACAAAGAGACACCUCCCCGAAAGGAUAUGAUGCCAAACGUUACUGCAAGAACUCCAGCUCGGCCAGCAGCACCACCAGCACCUACGCUCCCAGCAGUAGCAGCAGCAGCCUGAGCUGUGGAGGAGGAGGGGGGGGCACGGGAGGAGGCAGAGGGGGCGGGGGCAGCAGCGCCAGCAGCACCUGCAGCAAGAGCAGCUUUGACUACAGUCACGACAUGGAGGCCGCCCACAUGGCGGCCACGGCCAUCCUCAACCUGUCCACGCGCUGUCGGGAAAUGCCCCACGGCAUGGGGGGGAAGCCCCAGGACCUGUGCUCACAGAGCCCCGGUCUAGAUGUUGACGAGAACGGUACAUUGGACCUGAGUAUAAGCAAGCGUCUGUGCAGUGGCGGCGGUGGUGCAGGGGACUCGGUGCUCACCCCUCUAGAGCCCAUGUCCCCCCAGCGGCAAGCCGCCCUGCUGGGCUCCCGCUGCUAUGGCAUGGGGGACGCCACCGACUGCUGGGACCUGCCUGUAGACUACACCAAGAUCAAACACAUAGACGAGGACGAGAAAGAGCCGGAUGACCUGGAUCCCUUCCAUGACCUGCUGGAGGACCGCUCCUACACCACAGAUGUUAACAUGCCCAGCCCCAAGCCCAAGUAUGUCCAGUGCAAAGAGAGUAAGAAGGACCUGAUAACAUGUCCCACACCGGGGUGUGAUGGAAGUGGUCACUUGACGAGCAAUUUCGCCUCACAUCGAAGUCUCUCAGGGUGUCCUUUAGCUGAUAAAAGCAUUCGAAGUAUGCUGGCCAACAACGCGCAAGAGCUCAAGUGCCCGACACCAGGGUGCGAUGGUUCGGGACAUAUCACUGGUAACUACGCCUCACACAGAAGUCUCUCAGGGUGUCCACGGGCCAGGAAAAGUGGGAUAAAGAUCAUCCACAGUAAAGAGAACAAGGAGGACCAGGAGCCUAUCAGGUGUCCAGUGCCAGGCUGUGAUGGUCAGGGACAUGUGACAGGGAAAUAUGCAUCCCACAGAAGUGCAUCAGGAUGCCCCAUAGCAGCCAAGAGACAAAAGGACGGCUACCUAAACGGAAUCCAGUUCACAUGGAAGUCUGGAAAGACAGAGGGCAUGUCCUGCCCCACGCCGGGCUGUGACGGCUCGGGUCACGUCAGUGGCAGCUUCCUGACACAUCGCAGUCUGUCGGGUUGUCCGCGAGCCACCUCCGCCAUGAGGAAAGCCAGGCUCUCUGGAGUGGAAAUGCUAACAAUAAAGCAGCAACGUGCCAGCAACGGACUGGAACAUGAAGAGGACAUCAAACAGCUGGAUGAAGAAAUCAAAGAUCUAAGUGAAUCAAAUUCACAAGUGGAAGCAGACAUGAUCAAACUUAGAACACAGAUAACAACAAUGGAGUCCAACCUGAAGUCCAUAGAGGAGGAAAACAAGGUGAUUGAACAGCAAAAUGAAUCUCUCCUGCAUGAGCUGGCCAACCUCAGCCAGUCACUGAUUAACAGUUUAGCUAAUGUCCAGCUCCCUCAUAUGAAACCUCUGGCACACAAAGAGCCUCCUUUACGGAAUAACAGCUGCUUACAGUUGCACCAGCAAGAGCCAAUAAGCGAGCAGAACUUUGACGCCUAUGUGACCACUCUAACGGAUAUGUACACAAACCAAGAGCAGUACCAGAGUCCAGAAAACAAAGCCCUGUUAGAAAACAUCAAGCAAGCUGUUCAGGGGAUCCAAGUGUAACCAUUCAACAAAGGGAGAUUUUUGUUCCCCCAGCAGGUGCGGGUGGUGUAUCAAAUCCACAUACAAACAGGCAGUGAUGGUUUGAUCUCCUCGGUUCGGUGCAGUAACCUAAAUAGUGUUAUAUAUUCUAAAUUCUGUUCACUCAAAAAAAAAAAAGAGGUGUUAUGCUUAGAACGACCUCAAGAUAAUUUCUUUCUUUGAUUUUUUUUUUCUUUUUAGGCUUUGCUUUGAGGAAGAACAUAAAAGAGUAAACGGCAAAAUAGUUUUUGAGGACAUUCACAUUUUGUACGUUUUCAUAUGAGCUGACAUAGUGUCAUGUAAUGUUUCUAGCUGCUCAUGUAUGCACAUUUUUAGUGUAUAUUUCUGAACAGUAAGCUAAUGAUAAUGGAACGUGAGUUCUUUUUAUUGCUUGACAAAAAAGCGUUUUAGAUGAAAAAACUGGACAGUGAACUAAAACUGAAAAAAACUGCAAGCAAGGAGGAAGCUACUUAUUUUUCUCCUCGCUGGAUGAUUUUGGACUUGAUGAUUUUAGAUGUUUUUUUUUUCUUCUUAUUCUUCUUCUUCUUCUCCUUCUUUUUUGCGUGUACAUUGUUCAAGAGCAAGAACUGGUUUGCGGAUCGCUUUAUUUUCUGACAAUGCUUGAGAUAAUAACAUUUGCGUUUUGUUUUGAUAGAAAAAAAAAAAAAAAGAUGCGUAGCUGUAGGUGGGGGCAUUUUUAAUUGGUGCUGUAAAUGAAUCCAGAGAGGAAACUGACCUGAUGUAUGUAUGAAUGUAUGUAUGAACUGUUAUAUUGUAAACAUCAUUACACGGAAACCUGAUGGUGGAAAUCCCAUUAUCUAGGAGAGCCAAUUAAUUCCUUGAGGAACACAUCUGUGCGGUGCAUGCAUGUUCACAUGCUCAUCCUUAACUAAUCUCAAAUGAAAAUGUGUAAAGACAAUGACCUAUAGAGACCACAUUCUAGCCUUUCUAGUAUCAAAUCUGCUCAAUUUCGAGACUUGUGUUGCUAGGAUCAAGAAAUGUCUCAGCAAUAUAAUAAGUGAAUAAUUUGUUUAUAGGUAAGGGAUGCAAUCUGCAAAGGAAAAAAAAAAGGUUGGGUAUAUGCAAUUUCUUGUCUAUAAGCAUAGUGGGAUAACAUGAAUCUUUUUAAUAUAGCCUAUGUAAAAUAUUGAUUUUUAUACAAAUCUUUUAAUACAAAAAGUCUUUUUAAAAAGAGGAGGUAACCUGGACAUUGAGUUUUAGAAGCUAAAGUAUAUGAGUUCCUUUUUUUCUGUACGAUUUUGCACAGGGACACCUUCGUUUCCAUGUUUUGAUGUUCUUACAGAAACUAAAAGCAGUACCUGAGAGCCUAACAGGAGGGUUUCAGAGGGUUUUGUAAAGAGUAUUUAUAGAGUAUGACAGCGGGACUUACAGGGUCACUGUCCCCACUUAUGUGCCAGUAGACUAUUUGCACUUGUCCUUGAAGAUAUUAUCCUUACGUACGGCGGCGUGCAAUUUUCCAGGUGACCUCUUUGGCACACGAUUGGAGCAACCAACUGCUUGGAGCCACUGUAGGUGUGGAUUUAGUACCACUGAGAAAGGAAGAACAGGGACUUGAAAUCAGAGAGGAGGAUGAUUAUAACCAUAGCAGUUAUACUGUAGGCUAUUAUCAAGUGUAAAAAAAACAUUAACAAUGUUCUUUCAUUUUUGCUAUGUUUUAGGAAGAUGAAGUUAUCCCCCAGCAGCACUUUAUAUUUAAUCACUGUACAAAGGAUUAAAUAGUCAAUCAAUUCAAGAUUUAAAAAAAAAAGCAGAAGAAACGGUGAACGAGACCUUCGAGGGGUGAUACAAUCCAGCGUCAUGCCCGUAUGCCUGACUGUAUGCACCCCUACAUUCUGUUGUUCUAGUUGUUAGCGAUCAUGUUCAGAAUUUGCCUUUUUUGAGAGCUAAUGCAAAAGGUGCUUGUCGUUCACCUGACUAAAUCUCAUCUAUUGUACUUUAUUGUCCUCUUUCAGGACUCUACUACCCAUCAUCCAUGACUGCAUUCGCCUUUUUCCACAGCAUUGUGUCUGCAGCUUUUUGCCAAUAUAGUAAUGCUUCAGUAGAGUAAUAGCUAGCACCAGUUUUUGAAUUAAUUCUCAUUACCAGUUUAAAAGGGAAAACGGAUUUUAAAGCACAAACCGGCUACUCAUCUGAUGUUGGUACAUAAAUAACAAAUCUGAAUAGAGUUAUCUGUGACUAUCUAUAGGGAACACAAAAAGGUUGUCACCUAUUUAGAAAGCUGACUUUUCAUAUGAAUUAUUGUGAAUUCAUCAGAGUUUAUUAUUUUAUUUGAGCCAAUUCAUUUUGAGACUGGUUUUCAGUGAUCAUUAACAAAGACAGGAUUUUGUAUAAACUAUUGUGCUCUCUGUGGAACUGAAGUUUGAUUUAUUUUUGUACUACACAGCAUGGAUUUGUUGACAUUUUAAUUUUGCUAUAAAUGUGUGAGAUCACAAGUUGCUGUGAUAUUUCAUUUAUAAAUUGUGAACUUUGUACAAUUUUUUGUCAUGCUGGAUGUUGACACAUCUUACUCUGAAUAAAGAAAAAAAUGUGUUGCCAGA